CUAUACACCUUGGGUGUGUAGCAGAAAUGUCAUAACAAACCAUACUCACUGUCGCCGAAUCGAAAGAGAGAAAAAACCACACACAUAAAACGUUUAGCAAUGCUGUCCAGCAUGAAUUCGGUUUCAAGACUAGUAUUAACCAGACGAUGCGUACAUACAACCGCAAUCGCAGCGAAAUCACAGUCAGGCCGGUACAAGAUUACCCCAAAGGGUGACCGUCCUCUUACGUACGAAAUGGCAAAUCCGCCACACCAAAUAGCGCAUCGCAAAGCAUGGAACUCGUGGAAUACGUCAAAUCUCGAGGGUGAACUGCGCCCUUCGCAAACCAUGCUGGAAGACGAUUUCAUUCGCCGGUUCAUGGCAGGUACAUGGCACGGUAUGGUACUAUCGGAAGUGAUCAUCAAACGGCAACAUAAUCAUGUGCGUAUAGCGGCCAUUAUCAGCCGAUCUAUUCCUGCAAGAAAAAUGUACUUUCUCAUCGGAUACUGUGAGGAGCUGCUCGCGUACUGGUUGCAAUGUCCAGUAACGCUCGAACUGCAGACCACAGAGGAUAGAAAAGAUGUCAUCUUUAAGUACAUUUAGUUUGCCUUGACGUUCCGAAUCCAGCGGUAUCUUUGCGAAAGAAGCUAGUUUGUACAUAGAACAAUAUAAAGCCUUGCAAAAUGAACAUCAA